CUCAAAAUAGAACGUCUGGUGACUACAGCUAUAUACGUCACCUCUCAAAAACCCCAGAUUUGUUUCAAAACAAGUUCGGCUGAACCUACUUCUACUUCCACCGCCCAAAAUUGCGGGCUUGGCGCAGGUGUAGCUGAUGGCUUUAAUGCAAGGGUCUCCAUCCCCCUUUGUGCUCGUACCCCCACGGCCCUACCCUAUUUUUUCUCAUCCGCAACAUCAACGGUCUAACGGUCGUCGUCCUGAAGAUAAUCUGGUGAUGGUCUCCUAACCCCUCUCUUCACCUCCCGCCCGACCUUGGGCUCUCUCUACUUUCUACACCUCCACCUCCACCUCCGACCUCCGCUCCUCUCCUCAUCAUGCGCCGUGGGAACGUCAUCUUCCUCGUCAUAAUCUUGGUGAUCGUUGGCUACCUGACCAACGAGUGCAGAACUCUCAUCUCCCUCCUGUUCGAAGACGCUACCGCAUACGCCAUAUCCCCCAAGGAUUUGCCGCCACCGGGUACCAAAGACAACGAUAAUGGGACAGGGACAAACUUAAUACCGAAAAUCAUUCAUCAAACCUACAUCAACUCCUCGAUUCCCGCAAAAUGGCAGGAAGGGCAGCAAGCUUGUGUAAACCUACACAGUGACUAUGAAUACAUUGUUGGUCCCCUAUACCCCGCAGACAUUCUUCCACUCCUAACAACUACUAUAGCUCUGGACCGACGAGAAAUCCCGAGACUUCAUCAAAAAGGAAUACAAUUGGUUCCUCAAAACCUUCGACGCCUACUCCUACCCCAUCCAACGCGCCGACACGAUCCGCUACUUUGUGCUCUACCAUUAUGGUGGGAUAUACAUUGAUCUUGACGAUGGAUGCAAUCGCCGCCUCGACCCUCUUCUCAGAUACCCUGCCUGGCUGAGAUUUACGACACCUACGGGAAUCAGCAAUGACGCUAUGGGUGCUGUGCCGCACCACCCAUUUUUCAAAUUCACGAUCGAUUUGCUGGAGGAGUACAAUCGCAGUUGGGUAUUGGGCUACAUCACCGUGAUGGGAAGUACAGGUCCGCUGUUCCUGUCGGUGGUAUGGAAGAGAUAUUUGUGGGACCACACCAAGCCUUCGGAAAUUGUGCGGAUACUCAUGCCGGCCGAGUACAAAAACCACCCAUGGAGUUUUUUCAACAUUGCCAAGGGUAGCAGUUGGCAUGGAAAAGACGCGCAAACGAUUUUCUGGAUGCUUAAACAUUGGGUUUUCCUUACCGUUGCUGGGUUUUUGAUUGCGGGCGUUGUGGGGAUUGGUCUUUGGUUCGCGUGGUCCGAGUGGGUAAUGAAUACGGGGAAAAGAACGUCCCAUGGCCGGAAGAAGAGUUUUUGGAAGAGAGUAAGAGGGGGAGGUAAUAGAUAUGAAUUGGUCGACCGCAUGGCAUAAUGCUAUUAGAAGAGCUCGGAGAGAGGACUGAGUUAUGGCCCUUGCUAGUGCAGCGUAAAGGGCCGUUGCCUCUGCUAGUCCUGUAAUACAUGGAUAGGAGCCUUGGUUAGACACCUACAGUAUAG